UGAAUUCCCUGAUAAAAAACCAAGCAUAUGGUAAACCGUUGGUUUCAGUAGAAAUCGCAAUUUUCUUACGGUAUAUUGCUAGAUCCGCACUAAUGCGUAUUUUAUAUUGAUUGCAUUUUUUUAUUCAUACCUCUUUAUAUUCGCACUGCGACGCAAAAUGCCGCCAAAUUAUCCUUAUGAAUAUGCAGUGCUCCCAGGUGCUACCAUGGACCAGAUUAAUGAGCCCUCGGAUGCCGAAAGGCUCGAGGGGUUCAAUUUUUUUUUUGGAAUUACCGAAGUCGUUGGAGCUUUCAUGAUUAUAUUGAUUGGGGUAUGGAUCGGAAACUUCAGAGGUGGCUUGGGCUGGACAUCAAACCCUAAAUUAGAGUUCAAUUGGCAUCCUCUGAUGAUGGUCCUAGGGCUGGUGUUUUUAUACUCGAAUGGAAUGCUGAUCUACAGGACACAGAGAAAUGUUAGGAAGCGUCGUUUGAAGCUUAUUCACGGAGGCAUAAUGAUGUUCAGUCUGCUCUUCACAAUCAUUGGUCUGAUUGCUGUUUUUGAUAGUCAUAAUUUGGCUACUCCUCCAAUACCAAAUAUGUACUCAUUGCACAGCUGGGUUGGUUUGACGAGCGUUCUCCUCUUCUGUUGUCAAUGGGUUGCCGGCGGAUUUUCAUUUCUCUUUCCUGGAAUACAACCUCAUUUACGAGCUGCAUAUAUGCCUGUACAUAUUUACUUCGGUACUGCAGGUUUCAUCGGAGCUAUAGCUUCCUGUCUUUUGGGACUAAAUGAGAAAGCUUUCUUUGCUAUAAAAGAUUACUCUCAGUUCUCAAAUGAAGGUAUCUUGGUGAAUAUUAUUGGUAUGUCGUUGAUUAUUUUCGGUGGUUUAUCGGUGUAUAUUGUAUCUCAAAAUCGUUACAAGCGUUUACCACGACCUGAAGAUGACGUUCUACUAACUCCCAGAAAUCAGUGAUCAACUAUCAAGAAAUAUAUCAGCUGAGAACCUUGCCAAAAAUAUAUGAAUGUAUUACCUACUUCCAACAUAUUGAAUGAUUUAUUGUUUGAAUUCAAAGAUUUUUCGAAAAGUUUUUUUAUGGUGCUAUCAAUAUUCAAUCAUUUAAAAAUCCUUUAUCAAUCUUCUGUUAGUUUUAAUACCGUUAUCUAUAUAUUUUAUUUACACUUGUUAUCAAUAUUGAACCUAAGAAUUAUAGAAGAGUUACUUUUACAUAGCACGUUUAACGAUUAGUAGAAUAAAAAUCCAAGAUUCUGAGUCACAUAAGCUGGCCACAAUUGAGACGUUAUUGUUUCUCUGUAUGUUUACGCUCAAUGUUUACGCUUGAAAUCUAAAUUUAUACAAGAAUUGUAAUAUUUACUAUGACGUAUAGCGUAUGCAAAUCGCAUGCCAAUUGAUUUGUAUUUAUUUUUAUUUACUAAUAACUUAUUGUAUUCUGGUGCUUCUAUGUAUACUAUGAAUCCCAUACGGGUGACUGUACUUUAAUUUAGGCUUUAUUAUUAUGAUACCAUAUUCAACACAGUGGUAUGAAAUUUGUUGUCAGUUGCAUGAAAAUAUAUCUAAUUACGGUCUUA